CUAUAUGUUGUAAAUAAUGAAAAACUGCAUGAGUAAAAUGGCAAAACGUCAUUCGCAUCUGCUGCUAUCUGAUGCGGGUUUCUGCUUGGUUGCAUUGGUGAUCAGCUGUAGCUGUUCAUCGCUGUAUGCGUGCAUGCGUGAACUGACCUUGGUUUGACUCACGUGCUGGAUGCGAGGCGAAAGUAAAUUGCAACCUAACGCGAAUACAACAUGACAUUUAUAUCAUACAUCAGCUUCGUAACAAAGAAUGGAUGCUGAAAACGUUCCUAGUAUGGGAUCAGGGAGAUCCCUGAUUAAAGCAAUGCUAGAAAAGUUCCAGGCAAUGAAUAGUUUGAAUCAUGAUGAAUCUGUCUGCAAGAUUUUCAUUUCUGGUUCUCCUGGCAAACGAGAGGAUGGAGAGGUGUUAAUUCCACCUGUUGUUGUGAUGGACAACCAGGGCAUUAGUGAAGCAGGGAGCAUACAAGAGAUCACAAAGCUCUGCCGCGGUGUUAGGGAAUUGGACAUAUCAUAUAACCUCAUCACUGAUAUAUCUGAGGUGAUGAAGGUUGUUACUGAGAUGCCCAGACUGACGUUUCUAAAUAUGAGCACAAAUGACCUCGGUGACUUCAGCUGUACAGAUAAUCUCCCAGUGAUGCCUAAGAUACGAUACCUGGCCCUGAACAAAACCAGAGCCCCAUGGAAGCAUAUCCAGAAACUUCUAGAUCUGAUGCCAAAUUUAAAGGAACUCCAUCUUAGCUUGGUUGGUAAAAGUACAGUGCCAGUGAGUGACACCUGCUACCCUAGUGUUGAACAUCUGUCAUUCAAUAGCAAUGGUGUCACCGAAUGGGCUGAAAUAUGCAAGCUAGGUGACAUGUUUCCGAAUCUGAAAACGCUACUGGUCGCAGACAAUCCUAUCUCCAACUUUCAGCCAGAAGAUCGCAUUGCGACAAGCUUUCCAAGAGUGACCUCGCUGUGUGUUAUAGGGACAGCGAUUACAGAGUGGGAGGACAUUGACCGCUUGCGAAACUUCCCUGUACUGGUCGAAGUUCAAAUCUCUGGUGUGCCACUGGUUGAGGAUUUGGAAGAGAUAGAGCAGUGGCAGCUGCCAAUCGCUAGACUUCCAGACAUCACCACAUUCAACAAGAGUAAGAUUACAGAUGAUGAGAGGGAAACUUGUGAGAGGGCCUUCAUCAGAAACUACACGGAUAACGACCACAAACCUGAUAGGUACUAUGAGCUUGAGCAGAAACACGGAAAGCUGGAUGCACUUGCUGAUGUCAACCUAAAACCAAAGAUGGUCGCCACGGUGCGGCUCAAGUACGAGAAUGAGCAGUCGGUGGCGCGAGUGCGUCUUGACCUCACCGUGUGGGACCUACGGCGCAAGAUGGCGCAGUGGGUCAAGCUGCCGCCGAACAAGUUCCGGUUGUACCUAGUGCAGAGCGACAUGAGUUUGCAAGGUCCCGAGGAGAUGAAGAACAACCAGAAGAAGCUGUACACCUACAACAUUCGAGAUGGACACGAGCUCGAGAUUGUACCAAAGUGAUGCGCCGAGGUAACGUUUCACAGGGCCCAGUGUUAUUGCAUUAGGUAGAGGUAUAAACAGGUGCUGUCUCAUAUAACAAAGGCAUAUGCUCUGUAAGAAACGUUCACGUAUUUCUCUCAUAGUAUCAGGAGUACGUGGAACAAGACUUUUAGGAUGCAAUGUAUGAAGAGUCAGUAUGUGUCAGGAGUCUAUACAUGUACUCCUGAUAAUAGAUCACACAGCAUUGGGAUCAGCGCAUCUCCGCCUGAUCAUUCAGUUUCCUCUGUGAAUAAAGCUUACUCUUAAAUAGCAAUCACCAAUAUUUAUUACUGAUAGGACCAUGGAUAAAUAAUUAUAGUCACUAGCCAUUUGUUGUACAGUAAAAACCCAACGAGUAGGGAUCAGAGUGAGAGCAUGUGAGGUAGAUACAUGUUGGUCAUCCACACCUUUGUUAUGUGAGUGAACAUUCACUAUUAUUCGUUUCCAAUAUCCAGGGAGUUCACCUAGUGUAGAAGCUAUUUGUAUGGUCAUUGAUGCAGACAGACCGGUUCUGCCGUUAGAGGUGCGCUCAAUGUAGGUAAAGACAGUAUUUACUAUUUUUGGAGACGUUGAAGAGUUUUUUUUAUUACAGCUAGUCUGCAUUUGUGUUUGUGUGAGUGUGUGUAUUGUGUCUUUGCGUGUAUUGCGUGUGUGCGUGUGUGCGUGUAUUGUGUGUGUGCGUGCGUGUGUGCAAGUAUACAUGAUGUAUUACAAGUAGCUGCUCUAGCCAACUCUGUUAGUGGAGCUUCAUCGCGUAUUAGUAUGUGAUGAAAGGUGGGUGUAGAGUGGGUGAUCAUUAGAAUAAGCUCUUUUUGCAUGGAUAAUUUAUGUAGGGCCUUGGCUAAGUGUCAACAUGUUAUCAGGAGUUAAUAAUGACAAAUUAUUUGUCAUUAUUAACUCCUGAUGUUAUAUAGUCAUGUGUUCCGGUUUUUAGCGGGAGUUGCAAGAAUACAGAAGGCACCGUGUUGUAGUUGUGAUUGGCUGGCUCAAUGCUAGAACACAGACCUAAUCGGUGCAAUAGGAUAAGGAUAUGAUUUUGCAUUACUGCAUAGGUAGCCGUAGGUCCGCAUUUGCGUUUGAGGUUAUGUGCAUAUUCACUAUACAUACAGUGUAGAGGUUAUUAGCAUUGAAUCUGCUUUAUCAGGUAGCUAAGCAGAGCUAUAGUGAUGUUUGUUUGAUGUGUGUUUGUUCUCUUAGAGCCUUAGAAGUACAAAAAUUGCUCUCGUGUGAUAUCUUACAGUCACACAUCAUAGAAGGGAAAGCUCAUGUUUGUAAUAGACCAAUUUACUGUUUAUUGUGGCGAUAAAGGUAGAAAACCAAUAUACCUAUGUGAUAUGAUGUUAUUGCCCACUAAUAAUGACAGGAGUCUAUCAAUAUCUAUUGAUAGACUCCUGAUAAUGAUGAUAAUCAUUUUGGCUAAGCUCAGCUUUAUGGCAAAGAGAUUUCAAUGUUUAGAAAUUAUCCUUUUAAUCCACCAAAUUUGAUUGAGAUUUAAUUGAGACCUAGGAUUGCUACAUUAUCCUGCAGAUUUCGCUUUAAAUAUUGUUUUAAAAUACAAGUAAAACACAUACGUUUGGCAACUAUUACACAUAAUUACUUUGUUGACCCAAAACUUGAUUUAUACAGCCAUUAUGAACACUGCAUUUAAAUUCCACAAUUUAUGUAUACCCGUGUGAAUAUUCAUAUAUUUAUGUAUCUAAGUCAUAUUUACUAAUUUUAGAAUUUUAAAUGUGUAGUAAGAAUAAAUUUAGUAAGUGUGUUGUAGACAAACCAUAUGUAUAUUUUUCACCAAGUUCAAUUAUAAAUCAACAGUUAUGUGAGUGAA